AUGCCUGCCGGCGCGCGCCCUCGUCUUCCACUGCGACCGGUCGCUAGAAGAUCUUGGACUUCUGGCGCCAGGACGUGGCACGGCGAGUGGGAACGCGUGUUAGUGUGUGUUGUCUCCCCAGAGCAAGGCGAGGAGGCGCUGCUCAAUAGCGACGUGCGCGCGCCAUGCAUCGAGCGGUGGCUGGACUGCGGCGUGCAUCUCGCACGCCCUGCCGAGAGAGACGCGGGGAUGUUUGGGAUGAGCGCGCCCCGCUUCGUCAACCCCCGCCCCCCUUGGGGGCUCUCCAGAGGGAGCUGGAUAGUCAAAGUUCCUCACUGGACCCUGAUGGUGCGGACUGGCUUCACCUCCCGAGACCCGCGCGCUGCCCAAGUCAAUCCCUCCAUAGGAGGGUGCUCUGGGCGGAGAACGCGGUCUGGCCACCGGGAGUUUCGGUCCAUAGUGGGCAUCAAGGCGGAGGAGGGCGUAUUCUGCGCGCACUGCGGCCUCCUACAAGUACACCGACCGUCCUGGAUGUUUGGCGCCCCGUGCCUGCGGAAUCACCACGGCGAGGCUGCAGUGUCGUGGCUCUCAACUCGGAAUGAGACGAGCAAUCCUGGGUCGGCGAAGGAUAGACCGACGGCGUCACGGACGUAUCCUGCUACUUCUUUCUGA